AUGUUCCAAUCCCAAUCCACAAAGGGCAUGUUCGCCCUGGCAGCCAUGAGCCUCAUCGCCGGCACAACCGCUACCCUCGAAACCUGCAGCGGCAGCACCCCCUCAGCUGCUCAAGCUCCUCCGAAGAGCCAUCCUGCUGCUUCAACUCCCCAGGCGGUGCCCUCCUCCAGACUCAAUUCUGGGAUACCAGUCCAUCAACCGGUCCUGACGACUCAUGGACCAUCCACGGACUGUGGUACGCCCGACAACUGCGAUGGCACAUACGAGGCAAGCUGCGACUCGAAGCGCGCUUACACCAACAUCACUGCCAUCCUGCAGGAGCAGGACCUCGGUACGCUGGUCGACUACAUGGACGAGUACUGGGUUGAUAUCAACGGAGAUAACGAGGACUUCUGGUCGCACGAGUGGAGCAAGCACGGUACUUGCAUCAACACCAUUGAGCCGAGCUGCUAUUCCGGCUACACCCCGCAGCAGGAGGUGGGUGAUUUCUUCCAGACGACGGUUGAUCUGUUCAAGAAGUUGGAUACGCACAAGGCUCUCGCUGCUGCUGGCAUUACCCCGAGUACUUCCAAGACGUACACUCUCGCUGCGAUCCAGGCGGCUCUUACUAAACUCCAUGGCGCGAAGGUUUACCUCGGUUGCUCGAGCAGCAAGUUGAACGAAGUUUGGUACUUCUAUAACGUCAAGGGCAAUGCUAUUGAUGGAACAUACGAGGCUGUUGGCACGCUCACCACUCCUAGCUGCCCCGCGACUGGCAUCAAGUAUGUGCCCAAGUAA